ACGGAAUUCCAUGAGCUUGUGCGUGCUCUCUCUCCUCUCCCUCGUUCCGUUUGGAAAGAAGAAAAUAAACCUAAUGCUGCUAACCAAGCUAGUUAUGGAACCAAACACUAAACACUGAUUUUGCUCCCAGGAACCGGCCGAGGGGUGCUUUUCCUGCAUGCACCGUCUAUAUCUGGAGGAAAAGCACUGGAACCGUUUAGAUUUUCGGAAGGUCUCUGUUGGAAAAGUCAAGUUGAAGACGCCAAGGCUGGAGAGGAUUUCAUUAGCUAUCUGGCUAGCUAACUGGGCUAACCGUAGCCUAGCAAAGGAGCACUGGAUGAACUUCGCAUGGACUGACUGCUGCGACUAAGAUAGUAGCCUGCUGUCUGACUGCAAGCUUUCUUUUGGACUGGGUCCUUCACAUGGGAGUCUGUACUUACUUGACGGACACUGUCGCCUCGGAGCCUGCAGGCGAUAAAUGUGUGCAAACGUUGCAUUUGUGGCUUACGCCAUCACGUUAUUGAUUUGGAAACCCACUGGCAAGCUAACAGGAUAUUAGCCACUUCUCUCGCCACUCCGCUUUGUGGUCGCAGGCCAUGGACUGAGAAGCAUUCAUCACUGACGGAGUGAUGGGAAGGCUGGCUUAAUGGCAGCUAAUUAUUUAUUGGGAAACAGAAAUGGGAUACAACUAAAGUGACAAAAGAGGCGUUUUAUUUUAACAUUUCAACUCCUGUGAGGUGUUUUCUCUAAAAAUGCAUCGAGCCUUUUCCAAGUUGGGAUAGAACGACACGCACAAGAAAACAGCGGAAUUACAACUCCACUGUUGAUAAAAAAGUACUCCAGAGAAAACCGACUGAGUCUGAAAAGAGGUGAAUUAUCAUGUCUACCGCCAAGGAAAACCCCUGCAGGAAAUUUCAAGCGAACUUCUUCAACAAAAGUAAAUGUCAGAACUGCUUCAAACCACGGGAGCUGCAUCUGUUGACGGACCAGGAUUUAACCCAGGCUAAACCUAUUUAUGGUGGAUGGCUGUGCUUGGCCCCUGAGGGAACUGACUUCGACAAUCCUAUGCAGAGAUCUCGGAAAUGGCAGCGGAGGUUUUUUGUACUGUACGAACACGGCUGUCUACGCUUUGCACUGGACGAAUCGCCAAGCACGCUGCCUCAGGGCACCGUGAACAUGAACCUCUGUACAGACGUCAUCGAUGCCGAGCCCAAGACGGGACAGAAGAACUCGCUGUGCAUCAUCACUCCCGACCAAGAGUACUUCAUCAGAGGGGAGAAUAAAGAGAUCAUCAAUGGGUGGAGUGAGCAGCUGGUGAUAUACCCACGCACUAAUAAACAGAACCAGAAGAAGAAACGCAAAGUGGAGCCCGCAACCUCACAGGAACCUGGUCCAGCCAAGGUAGCAGUGACCGGCUCUGGGAUCCCAGAGGCUGAGAAGGUUCCAGACUCCAGUUCUAUCAUAUGGCAGGAGGAGCUGAACCAGAGAGAGGCGGAGGGGGCUGCAGUCUGGUCUGCUGCUGACCUGCCUCCGGGAUCACCAGUGCCCCCUGCAGGUGACUGUGCGUCUGUGGGCCAGGGGUCUGACAUAGGCUCAGUUAAUGGUGAUGAGGUGGACCGGGGCAGCCUGGUGCUGCACGGUUCUGCCCCCCAGCCCCCCAGCGACCUGCUCUCCCCGACGGGCUCCUGCUCCAGCCUGGGCGGCGUCCCGCGCUGCCUCUCCCCAGCUCCUAGCGACCCGUUCCCCUCCGGCAGCUCCUUGCUCUCCAACGGCUCCCACAUCAGCGGCUCCGUCAGCUCGCUUGACUCCGACGCCAGCGGCAGCACGGUGACCAGCACCGACAGCCAUCCAGCAAACCAGAGGGGAAGCUACUCGCACAGCCAUCAUGACACACAGAGGUCCAGGCGGCAGGAGGCCGAGGCCAGGAAGGCUGAGAAGAGGAGCCGCUUCAGGAGCCCUGACAGGCAGGAGAGGGAGGCCGUCCUCAGCCCCGAGAGGAGUCGCUCCGGUGUGAUUGAGAAGCUGGAAGCCUUGGAACUAGAGAAUCCGGAGAAAAUGGAGGUGGAAGAAUCUGGGAGGAGUGGAGUCAGACAAGGCCGAAGUGAACACAGACGCUUCCACAGAGAGGAUCAGAGACAUGAUGCGGGUCAGGGUUUGGACUUCCCCUCCACUCUGCCUCCUCUGAGGAGAGCCAAGUCUCUGGAUCGAAGGACCACCGAGUCAGUCAUGACGCCUGAUUUAUUGAACUUCAAGAAAGGAUGGAUGGUGAAGCUAGAUGAACAAGGACAGUGGAAGAAAUACUGGUUUGUGCUGACAGAUCACAGCCUGCGAUACUACAAGGACUCGAUUGCAGAAGAGGCCUCUGACUUGGAUGGGGAGAUUGACCUUUCUACCUGUUACAACGUAACUGAAUACCAGGCUCAACGCAACUAUGGUUUCCAGAUCCAUACCCAGGAGGGAUUGCACACUCUGUCAGCCAUGACAGCAGGCAUACGCAGGAACUGGAUCCAGGCGGUCAUGAAGAACGUCAGACCGUCUACUGCUCCUGAUGUCGCAAGCUCAACUGAGGAUCACGGCACCUUCUCUGCUCUGGAGGGUCUGGUGAGGCCAGAUGUCACUCAGGACUCUCCCUCCUCUGAGGCCUCAUCUGCGGACAGAGAAUCCACUCAGACCGUGAUAAAGAGCCGGGCACGUGAGCGAAGGCGAGAGGGCCGCUCAAAGACUUUUGACUGGGCGGAGUUUAGACCUAUCGCCCAGGCUCUGGCUCAGCAACGGGCGCAGGAGGCCGAGAGCCUGCAGGUGGACAUGGGAGAUCUGGAACGCAAUCGGAGGAGGGAGGAGAGGCGGAAGAGGUACGAGUCAGUGACUGGGUCAACGGGGGAGAACACUCCUGUUAAAGAAGGAGGGAGCACAGAGGAAGCUGGACACUCAGAGCCCGAUUCAGGGAGUCCCAUCUCUCUGGAGCGGCAGCAGAGAGUGGAGGAGGUGAUUGAACAACACUGGCGACAAGUGGAGAAGACACCGAUACGAGAUGAGAGGAGGGUGCCUCUGCCCUCCACUCAGCCGCCCAGAGAGGCCGCGGAGUUGGAGCAGCUACUAGAGAAUUACAAGCAAGGGAUAGAGGACCUGAAGGCACAGUUGGAGAGCUGUCACCAACAGCUCCUCGACUCCAACAAUCAUAAACAGGAGCUGGAACUCCAGCUGCGAACGGCCCUGGAGAGAGAGCAGGACAUCCGGACAGGUUACAUCUCUCCGCUGGAGCACCCUUUGGGUCUGGAGGCUGAUGUGACGCCCCAGACGAAGAGGCCAGAACUGGCGACAUGCGAGCGGGGCUUCGCCGCCAUGGAGGAGUCCCAUCAGAAGGUGAUCGACGAGCUGCAGAGGAAACACCAGAGAGAGUUGGAGAAUCUGCAGGAGGAGAAGGAGAGACUGUUGGCAGAGGAGACGGCGGCCACCAUCGCCGCCAUCGAAGCCAUGAAAAAUGCCCACCGGACAGAGCUGGAGAAAGAGCUGGACAAGGCUCGCAAAGCUAACAACAACGCAGAGAACGCAGACAUGGAGGAGAUACGCAGACAGCAUGAGGAGGAGCUGUGUUCGUUCCAGCGGGAGAUCGAGGUGUUGUCGGAGCAGUAUUCCCAGAAGUGCCUGGAAAACGCCCACCUGGCCCAGGCACUGGAGGCCGAGAGGCAGGCCCUCAGGCAGUGUCAGAGAGAGAACCAGGAGCUCAACGCACACAACCAGGAGCUCAACAACCGACUCGCAGCAGAAAUCACCAAGAUGCGUUCGAUGACAUCAGAGGACGGAGUGGGAGACACGAACACCACCAUACAGGGAAAAGAGCUCUACGAGUUAGAAGUGAUGCUGAGAGUGAAGGAGUCAGAGGUCCAGUAUCUAAAACAGGAAAUCAACUCCCUGAAAGACGAACUUCAAGCUGCCCAAAGAGAUAAGAAAUAUGCAACAGAUAAGUACAAGGACAUCUACACGGAGCUGAGCAUCGUCAAGGCCAAAGCUGAGCGGGAUCUGGGCCGGCUCAGAGACCAGCUGCAGUUGGCCCACGAGGCUCUGGGGGAGUCGACGCUGGAGGAGGUGGAGCGAGGAGGAUACGAUAUCAUGAAGUCCAAAAGCAACCCUGACAUCCUCAAGAUGGCAGCUGCUGCAGCCAAACGUUCAGAGCGAACCCUGAGGUCAAAGAGUCUAAAGGAAGGCCUGACCGCUGAGCAGAGACUCCACCUGUUCGACAAUAAAGACACUAAGGAGUUCUGACAGUGACGCAUCGUGUCUGCCUACCUUGCUGCAUGUUUAGAAGUCCACUAUAUUUUAGCUCUGUACUUAUUUAGUAACACUACACACUGGUCACAAAACACAGAUCAUAUAUUAUUAAAAAAAAAAACAAACACGGUAUGAAGUUUGAGUUUCAUGUCUAGAGUUUGCAUUCCAUGCACUUCAGUUAACUGUGACUUUUUUUGUAUUGUUUAUUUGUUGCUGCCAUGUCUUACUGUAAAUACUGUUUUUAAUUGAACAUCUGUCAUGCGUACACUAAAACUCUGACUGUGUAAGCUACUGUUUUAACUCCCGAGGCCGUUGCUAGCCAAAGGCGUAAAUGUGAUGUUAAACGGCUAAACACAUUUUGAUGAGUAAUAACAUGAACCCAUAGGAAUGAGUGUGGCAUUCAGGGCUGCACGUUAAUGCUCCACCACUCUGUUACGCUUUUUUUUUUUCCUCUCAUUCCGGCACCUACAGCAGUGCUGCACGAUAAAACAAAUAAUAAAAAAAGCACAACAAAGUGCUCAUCUGCAUUGUCGAUCAAAUGCCUUCCAUGUUGCUGCAUCGCUUGACUCCUGAACUCUUAACAUCACGUAACCUGCGGAAAGGCGACAGCUGAAUGCAUCUGGAUGGGAUUUACUGAUUAUAAUUUAAAUAUAUAUAUAUGAAAAUUUAUAUAGAGGUUUGUUUUUUUUCCCCUCACUGCAAUCAUUGGUCCAGCUGUAUAGGAGUUGGAGUUGGUUAUGUUUGUAGUCUUGUUCAGUGGCAGUCCCUUUGUAUUUAUUUAAAUGGUUGGGAUAUUUCUUUCACAUUCCCAUUCCUCUGUACUCUAUUAUUGUAAAUAUAAAGCAAAUAUACACCAACUGACUACAGGUUUAUUAGCAAUAAAUAUUUUUGCACCCUU